UCUCAGCACUUGUGGAACCUGUCUGUCUGCUUUGUGUGUGUGAGAGUGUGUGUGUGUGAGAGAGAGAGGGAGAGAGAGAGAGAGAGAACACAGCCUGUGGUGUAGAGAAAAACAGAAAGCAGACAGGAGAACUUUUAAACGUCUGACGUGGACUUGCCUAAAAGCGAGUGUGUGAAGGAGUGUGUGUGUGUGUGUGAAAGCAUGAAUCUGUAAAGAGGUCCAAGGCAAUCAUCGUGAGUGUGUGUGUGUGUGUGUGUGUGUGUGUGUGUGUUGAAGAGAGAGAGAGAGAGAGAGAGAGUGAGAGUCGUCUCAUGGAGAGGCUCCUCUCUGGCUAUGGGGGGAUGUCAGAGUUUUACUGGCUCUGGGGACGAGGCCUCACACACUCUGACUGUGGAGAACUAUGGAGACAUCAACGCACUGAAACUGAAGAACAAUAACGUUGUAAAGGCUCCGGUGCUGCAGGAGAAACCGUACCUUCAGGAUCACUUCCUGCGAGAGCGCAUCUCAGACGUGGAUCUGUUCACGCUGUCUGCUCUACCGCACGGCCUGGACCAGCACGAGUGGAUGGCCUUUAACACCAUCUCAUUCUUUAAGAACAUUAAUCUCAUCUCGAGUGCUCUGUCUGAAUUCUGCACCUCGACCAGCUGCCCGACGGCUAAAGGGCCAGGAAACAAGGUAUAUGAAUGGAUGGAUGAACACGGGAGGAAGGUGAAAUGUUCAGCUCCUCUCUACACAGACUAUGCCAUGUCGUACGUCCAGGAACUGCUCACAGACGAAAAGGUCUUUCCCACCAGAACAGGUGUAAAAUUCCCAAACGGAUUUAUCUUCCUGGUGCAGAAGGUGUUCCUGCUGCUGUUCCGGACUCUGUCACACCUGUACAGCGCGCACUACCGCGACGCCGUGGCCCUGGAGCUCCACCCACACCUCAACACGCUCCUCACACACUUCAUCACCUUCAGCCACACCUUCAGACUGCUGGAGGCCUCAGAGACGGCGCCGCUUGAUGACAUCAUCGGCAAACUCUCACACUAUAACACACGCUAACACACACUGUCAUGCACACUGAUGUGUUGACGGAAUCAGUUUCCCUUUAGCUGAGUGUCUAUUAACUACACACACACACACACACACACACACACAAUCAGUAGGGGAACAAGACAGGAAAAACAGUAGUGUCUGGGGUGUGUGUGUGUGUGUACAGUGCUCUGUACACACACACACACACACACACACACACUCUUGGACUAUAAAUCUGCUUGCAUACGAUAUCUGGUCUGACUGGUUUAAAAAAGGAAUAAGAUCCAUUUACACACACACACACACACACUUUUAUCUUUUGCUUUACAUGAGAUAUUUAUAACACAUGACCCCCGUGUGUGUAUAUUCUCUGCGUCAACGCUGUUUAUAAAACACGCCAACAGCUUUUAAAAAAUAUAUAUUUAAUUUUUAUUUAAUCUAAUAAAUAAUAAAACAUUUUUUUAAUGAAUUUUUUAAAAACAAUUUCACACACUCACUCAAAUCAAAACAGCGUGUGAUUUAGGGGACAGGUGUGUACAGAGUCUCCUGCUUGAGUGUAAGUUAAGACGCCGGGGUCGACGCCCAGGUCGCCGCUCCACCUGCCCCAGGUGUGUGAGAGGGCGCGUCUGCUCUGGCUGAUUAUAUAUAAAUAUAAAUAUAUUAAAUACACAGCAUGCACACAAUGUCUCUUCUUAAACUAAAAUGCAAACCUCAGCAGAAUUUGUUUUUAUUUUUGUUUAUUUUUUUGUUUAUGGAUAAAGGCUUUAAGCUCCGCCCACUUCGCAGUCACCUCAGGCCUUUUUUUAUUUUACUCUAAAGCUCCGAAAUCUGUUUCCAUUUACAUCACGUCACUCCGUCACGAUCAGAUCACAGUGAUCAACUUCACGCCAAAAAAAAAAUCUUCUAAUAGCCUCACAUUGAGCACAUUAUUAAGUUAAAGCAACUAAAACUUUAUUAUUGUAUAAAAAAAUCUUUGUUUUAAACAAAUAAAAAUCUUUAAAGUUAUAAAUGUUAGAAAAUUAUUUGGCCCUUUGUGCUUUAGAUUUUAAAAAUCCUAAAUGUCAGACUAAACCAAAAAAAUUUUAGAAUAAAAUAAAUUAAAAAUUUAUAUAAAAAAACAAUAAAAGACUCAUAGUCCCCAAAUUUCAAUUCACUUGAGUUUGCUA